AUGGCGCGGGACCGCUGGGCGGUGACCGGCCUCUGGUUUGUCGCCUUGCUCCUGUUAGCAUUUGUGGACCGGAACGCGUGUUCCUCAGAUGCCCAAUCCUCGGCUUCCCCGGCGCCGCGUUCUGCGUCUGUGUCUUUCCCUGUGGAAGGAUCUCCGGUAAGCCGAGUGUCGGCCCCUGGCGAAGACGCCGUCUCCGCCGCUUCGUUCGAACCGCCGUUUCGCCUGGUGGCUAUCGCCCCGCCUUCGGACAAGUCAGGCCCGGUCCCGGUGCUCCGCGGCAAGCAGCCGGUCGCUGCAGUGUUCUCGGUUCCCGUUAUCCCUCUUGGCGCGUCCUUGUUCCGCGGAGACGCUUCGAGCGACUCGCACGUGCCGGCUUUCCACAUCUUCACCAACAGCGCCGCGCAAACCGUGAAAGGGAGAGGCGGCUGGGUGACGACGAGCGUCUAUCGAUUCGAUCCGGAAGACGCCUGGCCGGCGGACCUAACCGUGCGUGUGCACCUGAACAGAUUCCUCCGCUCUGCAAGUGGCCAGCGUCUCGCUGAAGACUGCGACGGAGCGGGGACGAGGGGGGCGGGCGCGCUGGAUGGGAGGAACGAGGCAGAGAACGGCGCGGACCGGAAGGGACAGGCAAACGAAGCGCACGGACGCGGCGAAGACCCAGCUCUCAGCUCGACCAAAUCGGCCGAUGGACCCUCGUGCAUUUUCCGCCUGCGCACGGAGACACUCCGUGUGUCAGUCGCCUCCGUCACCUCGGACCUUGCGUCAGCCGUCACAGACAAGCAGUGGAAGCCGAUCUUGGCAAACAGUUCCGAUCCUCUCGCGUCGCUCUUUGAGGUGCCGGGAGAUGGGAGAGUGACAGUGAAGAUGAAUUCGCCCGUGGCGCUGUCUGCGCUCAGAAAGAUGUCUCUGUCAGACCGACUUUUAGCGGUUGGUCGAGAGGAGCGCAACGGCGAGUUUUCGUUCGUGCCUUUCGACGUCCGCGCGUGCUCGGAGAACGGAGCGAAGGACGCCUUCGCCUCACGCGACUCCUCCGAGGACAGCGAGGAAGCGACGAGGUGGAGCGACGACAGCGGUGAAGACGACCAGGACAACGCGGGAGGAAACCGCCAAAGCGAUGAGGUCAUGUGUGUGGAACUCAGCUUCUCCGAGCGGCCGCUGCAGACUCGAGCAAUCUACGAACUUUUCGUCAAAAAGGGGACAAACUACUCGCGGUUCAGCGGCCCUCUCGGUUCGUCGUCCGUCUCCGCCUCUCCGCCAGCUUCUCCGGCUCGGCACUUUGCCUUCUUCCGCUCCGUCCGCGUGUCCCCCGCAUUCAUUGACCCCGCGCUGUACGCCGCCGUUUCGGGUUCUCGCCGCGCGAAAGGAAAAGGCAGCUUUACCGGUCCCCGGCCGUUCCGUCUCGUCGGCAGCCAGCGCCCGCUGAACUCCGUCAGCUACCGCCGGGUAGCCCUCGUUCUGCCCCACGGUUUGUCAGGGCCAGUCGGCGAGCAGGCCGGCGUGAAGACGGAGGAGCCGCGCGCCUCGUCCUCGCGCUCUCCUUCGCGACUCGCCUCGGCGAACAGUGCCACGGACCUCCACGAGCAGGCGGAGAAGCUCGUGAGAAGAAUGAAGUUGGUCCACCUCGCGACAGGACACGAGCUGUCGAUCCGGCCGGUCCUCGAGAAGAAAGUGCACCUGAUUCUCUGGUGCGACGAGCUGCUGCCGGGGGAAACGUACAAGCUGAGCGUCGUCGGCAACGCGGACGCGGCGUCCGAGAACCUGUUUGACGGCUUCGGCCUCCCUCUGGAGAGCAGCGAGAUUGAAUUUUCCAUGUCGCGGCUUCGCCCGAACCUCGAAUUCCUCCGGUGUCAAGAGACCGUCUGGGUCCUCAACGACCGGGGAGCGGAGGCGACGCGCGACAAAGGCCUUCCCUUGGCGCUGAUGACUAUCGCACACGACAAAAGGGAGGAAGGCGAGCGGAGAAAAAUCACCUGGGGAGACAUCGACGCGGCCACUCUGGACGCGGAGCCUUUCGGCGCGUGCGUGCGCAGCGGAGACGCCAAAUGCGUCGCCCGCAUGUUGCCCAUGUGGUCCCACGCCGCAGGCCCGAUGACGCGCCACCCGGCCCACGAACUCGUUUCCUUCGAUGGCGCCUCCGGCGCUGCAGCCGCGAAUUCCUCGCCGCUCCUCAGCACCGGCGCGUUUGCGACAAUCGUGGCGCCACAUCUUUCGGGCUUCUCGCCCCACGCGCUGUACCUCGUUUCGGCGCACACGCAGCACUUCGGCUCCACCUCGGUCUCGAGCGACAGGCACCUCGUGGGCGCGCUGUCGCUCUCCGUCUUUCACUCGGUCCACGUCGAGCAGGCGACAAACAGUCUGGUUGUGAGUUUCCAGGUUCUCUCGCUGAAGACCGCGCAGCCGUUGGCGGACGCCACCAUCCGCGUCUUUGCGAGUUACGUGGGGUACGGCCGCGAGCCUGCACUCCUGGCCUGCGCGCCGAACGCGAGCGACGGAGAAGACGCGAGCGGGGCGAGGUCCAACGCCGGCGCGCAGGAGUGCACCUUCGUGCAAACUGACGCCAAGGGGUUUGCCGCCUGGCAGUCCAGCGAGGCGAUCGUCGAAGGCGCCGAACUCUUCGCGACAGUCGUCGCGCCGCUCAGCGACGGCUCGACCCGGUCCAAACGCGAGAGCGAGGAACUGCCCGCCGUGUUUGUCACGGAGCGUCUCAGCUGGCCAUGGGAACUACACCGCAACCAGCUGCUGGGUGCGGGGAUGGCGCGUUCAGGGUCGCACCCCUCCGUUCUGGUCGGCUACGAUCGCCGCUUCUUCGUCUCCAGCAACAGCCUCCGCUUCUUUGUCCUCGCCGACCGCACGUCGUUCCGACCCGGGGACAAAGUGUUCCUCCACGGCCUCGUCUCCCUGGUCAACUCUUCGCUCUGCGGCUUCGACGGCGCGUGCUUCCUUCACCAGGCUCUCCGCCUCGACGCCCCCGAAAAGCUCCGAGUCCUCAUCGGUGCCCAGUGGAACCUCGAGGCCGCCUCCCACUACGAAGGCCGGGAGGUACGUGCAGCCCACGGAAUGGAGGCAGGCCGCAUGGGCUCCGGUCUUGCGCACAGCUGCUCGGUGCGCGUCGUUGCGCUGAAUCACUUUGGGGCCUUCGAGGCGUCUUUGGACAUUCCGCUCGACGCGGAGCUGGGCACCAGCACGUUCCUCGAGUUCCGGAUUUUCAAAGACGGGGACGUGGACGAGAAAGCCCUCUUGGCAGAGAGCGUGUGCCCGGACACCUGGUACCAGCUUGCGGACGCGAACAACCUGAAGCGGCUCGAUCCCGCGGAAGGCUUCUCCAUCCUCGUCGAGGACCCGCGGCCGCCGUCGCUCUUGGUGUCUCCUCUGGACCUCCCGGCCGUCGUGAAUCCUGCGUCCUCGUUCGCGGUCUCGGGAAUCGUCAAGACCUACGGCGGCCUGCCGGUCCAGGGACACCGAGUCGAGAUUCGCUUCGCCUUCCAACCGACGCUGGGCGAGCAAACCCUGCGAAAGGGAGUCGCGCGGCUGCGCCGCGCUCUGGGAAGAGAGGCCCAGGUGGCUGGUCCCGCCAGCGACUUCUCCACGUUCCGCGUCAGUUCGAAGCAGGACGAUGUCAAGGUGGUCACCGCAGGCGAGGUGUCGAGUCGCGACACUGUGAAGCUGCAUGCAGAGGUCCGCACAGACGCGGCGGGGCAGUUCGCGUUGCCGCUGUUCUUGGAGAAACUGACUGUGAGUCCAGCCACCUCUGUUCCGCUCGACCUGGAGCACGCCCCCACCUUCCCCCUCUUGUGGGGAGAAGGGACGGAGAUCUCCGUCUCCGUCCGCGUCGUUGGGCUGACUGGCGACGUGCUGCCGCCCCAGACCGCUUCGGUUAUUGUCGCCUCGUCGGACUUUUUCCUCGGGGAGCACUUGUCUCUCUCUGUGCGGCCGGUCCUCCCAGGUGUCCCCUUCGCUGUCUCCGCAGUUUCCAAGCCGUAUCCCGGAGUGAAGGCAGGCGCUUCGCUGCCACGGGGCAGCUCCCUGGAGGUCGCGGUGCUGCGCGUCGACCCGGCAAACCCGCUCGGCAGAUCCUGGGAAGCGCAGGCCGACAACUGGACCUCGUGGCACACGGAUCAAGGCCUCGCCCCCUGCCAGCCGUCCCUGUUCUCGGCAGCGCGCGACUGGGACGCGGUCAGGUCCGCAGACGCUCGGGAGUCGGCUCAGGCGCACGACGGGGACCAGGAAGAGCUUGACGCGAUGGAGGCCUUCACGGACGGCAGCGUAGACCUUUGGGAAUUCGUCGAGAAGCAAAGGAGCAGGUUUUCGGUCGUCAAAAGCUGCCAAGGCCACGGCGGCCGCCUAACAUGCCCCGUCACCCUUCCCCUGGACGCCGCCCAGUAUGUCUUCCUCACGACUUUCCGUCUUCCGGAUGGGAGGAGCGUGCGGAACUGCGAAUACUUCCUCCCGACCGCUGGGAACCUCCUCACGCGCGCGCUGAAGCCCGACUUGCGUCUCGACAGCCCAGAGGUGACGCCGGGUCAGCGUGUGAGCCUGGUAUUGCCUGCGGUCUUCCGUCCAGGGUCAGCAAUUCGGCCCAGACUCGUCGCCGAGGCCGAAAGAGGCGGUCGCGGCGGGGCGACUCCGCCGUUGUAUGGAUCGCUGUCGGUCUGGUGGGGCACACGGUCAAACACAAGACUGUUCUUUCCAGUGCCUCUCGACUCGCUCAAGGACGAGCUCCGCAUUCCCAUCGGUCGCGUCCCGGAGGACUGUCCCUCGUCCUGCUUGCUGCGCGUCGUGUUCGUGCCGCCCUUGUCGGAGACGCCUCUCCCGAUCUCACAAGUGGACACAUCCACGAAUGCGCUUCUGCCCAGGACAGAACGGUUCCCGCUCGAAACGGAGGCCGGAGCAAAGUUCGGGCCGUUCGUGGUGGACGAAACGUUCACCGUGGCGGUUCGCGCAGCCGCCUCGCCGUUCGCCAUCCCCGACAGCACGGUGUCUUUCUCCCUCGACGGCAAGGCCCCUGCAGACGGCGAGGCCUCCCUGCGGCCAGGGAAGAAAGCAACGUUGCGCCUCUCGCUCUCGACGAAUGCGGAGCAGAAGGCCGGCCUCGCUUCGCUUUUCUCAAAGCUGAGCUCGCGAAAGCAGGUUCGCGCGUACGCCCUCGUGGCGCUCGUCGACAAACGGUACUUCGAUCUCGGGCCGAUGGGCCUGCCGAAAAUCGAAGAGGAGCUGCGGCAGACCGUGAUGCAGCAGGACGCACGCCACAGCGUCUCGUCGUCGUUCGCAGAGGCGACGGCGCCGGCGACGUACCUCUACCUGUUUGGCUUCAUGAAGGCCCUGAAAGAGCGGGAUCCGUGGAUAACAGAUCUCCACUGGCCCAGCGCGGGAGCCUUGGCAGGCGCCAAGGAGCUAACGUCGCCGUGGCAGCCGUGGUCAAAAACGCUGCGCAGCGUUUUGUUGCGGAAACGGUCGACUCUGACCGGGUCUUUCUCGGCGUUUCCACGGGGCGAGAACUUUGUCGAUGGCGCUGUCUUCGCCGAUAUGACUGUGGAGGCGGCGGCCGCCCCCAUGUUAGGUUUGGCGGCUGCGCCGCGCAUGGCCAAGGCGACCUUCGCUGGACGUCAGGCCGCGGUGGAACAGGACGCAGGCGCCGGCGUGGCGUCCAGUGCGAGUCCUGCAGUCGCGUCCACGAAGCUUCUGCUCUCCGACACGCCCGUGAUUCUGUGGAAGACCGUCGAGCUGACGGAGGAUACGCGGGGCGAUUUGACCGGCCACGUGUCCGUUCGCGUUCCCGACGAUUCGAACACGUACCUUUUCAGGAGUCAGGUCGUGGUGGCGGUGGAGGAGAAGGAAGGGACUGCAGUGUCCUUCUUCCGCAGGCUCUGGAACAGGCGCGUGCCCGCGUCACCACUCAGUCGCGUCUUUUACGGCCAAUUCGAGAAGGAAGUGUCUGUGAAGAAGCGGCUGAAGAUGACGCCGUUCCGCCCGAAACUCUUGCGGAAAGGCGACGUGGCGAACGUCGGCGUGAUCUUGCAGGUCGACGAGAGUCUCGUGGCGGAAGGCGGCGAAGCGAUCGUCUACACGUGGUUCCCGGAACGAGGGGAAACGAUGGAGACGGGUCACCGCCAAAGGGUCCAACUGACGAACACCGCGCUCCCGGUCACGGUGCGUGUCGACACAGACGAACAGUCGGUCAUCACCAACCACAAACUCCUCCAAGUCCACUGCUUCGCACACCUGGCGGUCAACUCUUCCGUCUCUCACGGCCUCGCCUUCUUCGUCCCCGUGACGCCGAUCGCGCCGCGCCUGUCGCUCUCGAGCAUCUGGGCGAUCGUUGCUCCGCGGACUUUGGGCCGCGCCAGAGACCCGUCCGAGGCAGCGGACGAAGCACAGAACUCGGUGGUGGCGGUCGAAGGCGUCGAGCUCCCGCUGCCUGUCAUGGAAGGCGUAGGCGGCCUCUCCGCGUCAGUGGGCGUCGGCUACGGCGCCGUGCUCCUGGAGAAAAUCCGGACGUUUCUCUCCGCCGAAGUAUGCCCAUUCGUCCCCGCAAAGCAGGCGUUCGACGAUCUCUUGUGGGACACGAACAGCAAAGGCAGAGAAACGGUCACCGGGUCGAAAGCCGUUUUCUGCACUUGCUGUCGCGAGGCGUUUCCGGCGUCCCCCGUGCCGUUCUUCGAACGCACCAGUCCGUCCCUCUCCUCUCUGCUUCUCGCGAUUCUCGCCCGCCAGCUGGUGACUGCGAUGAAGCUGCAGGUGCGCGGCGAGCUGGAGGCGAGUGCUGUCUUUGCGGAGACCAAACUCUCUGAGUACGUGCCUCCCGACGCCGGAGUCUUUCGCCGCACGGGCUUUCUGUCGCGCCCCUACGCGGAAUACACAGCCUUGGCCAUCCGCGAGCAUCCGCUGGACGUCGACCUGAACCUUUUGGUGCUCCUCGUCGCGAAACGGCACGCGUCUGCCGCCGUCCUUCCGUAUGUCGCGUCUGUGAAACAAACGAUUCUCGCGUUCCUUCGCGAAUCCGAGUCGCGGUUCCUCGCGUCGUUCGACGCUGUCCCAUCCCCUGGCGAAGUAUGGCCCCAGCCCGCGCCCCUCGCCGCCUCGGAGCCUGGACAGGCGGUGCCGGACUCUUCGCUGGCGCAUGCGUCGGCCAGCGUCGGACACGUGGCGCAGAGCCCGCAGAAGCCAAUCGAUUUCUCGCGGUUUCUCGCCUACGUCGGCCGGGGCCUCGUCGCGCGAGUCCGCUACGUGUUUGGGCCUGCCGCGACCUUCAACCUGGAGCACCCGGAGGCGGAGGAAGCGUUGUCGUUUUCCAGUCUCCUGCGGGGGGUGUUGUCUGUGGACGGCGAACGCGGCGCCGACGAGAAGGAGCCGACGAACGAGCUUCAGGUGUCUCCGCAUCUGCUGUGGGCCCUCGUGAUUGGCCUGGAGAACCGCGACCAGGCGAGCGCUCCGUAUCUUCUCGCCCUUGCGAAUGCGGUUCUAAAGAAAUCAGUCAGCCUCCUCCGAUUUCUUCCGAACUCCGGCGCGUACCUCAGUGGCUUCGGCAGCGCGACCGCAGCGAGCGACGCGCAGCACGCGAUGCUGCUGCAAACCGCCAGCUUCGUCCUCUCAGCGACGCCUGCAGGACGGUCGGCUUCCGCCGUUCUUCUCUCGCUCGAGCCGGAGUUCUCCGCCUUCACCAGCUUCGCCCAGUUGCCCCCUGAAGACAUCAUCCACAUUUUCUCAAAGGUCGUGCUGUAUCUGGCCCGCGGCGGGAAGCGGGGACAGCUGGGCCCGCGCCGGAUGGUCCCCUGGACGGGCUGUCUCUUUCGGAGUCCCUGGGAAGAUCUGCUUGUCAUGGACGCCUUCUCCAGCUGGCACGCGGCGACCCAGAGCGACCGCGCGGACCUCGCCGUCUCCGUGCACCUGGGCACGGGCGAGAGGGAAGCGGGGCCCGUAGGGCAGCGUGCGACCCCGUGGCUCUUGCUGCUCCACGGUCACCUCAAUCUGCGAAAACACACAGCGAUCCUUGAGACCAAGCUUGCGUGGAGCGAACUGGAGGCGAGCAAGCUGCUCGGAGGAAAGCUCUCUUUUGUCUCUUGCAGGGCGCGUGAGAGGCGCGAGGCCGCACCGCCUGAGAGCCACGAAGGAGAACGCACCUGGGAGGGGAAAGUGCGCGUGAACGUCAAGGGCCAAGGCGUCGCCGUAGUCGCCAUCGGCAUGGACUUCAUCCCCGACAGACCCCGCAUGCUGCCAACCUUCAUGGGCGCUCUCCUGCAAAAGGAAUUUCUCGUGUUUGACUCUGCAACUGAGACGUGCGGAAACACCCCCGUCGCCAGCGCGGUCCGAGGCAGCCGCGUGUGCGUGGCUCUUCGAAUCACUGUCAAGGACGAAGUCAGAGAUGUGACGAUCCGGGAUCUCUUGCCUGCCGGCUUAGAGCUCUCCUCUCGAGACCCGAGCAUGUCGCCUCUUGCUGCGGUGGAGGACGUUUCUUCCUCUUGCACGAGACCGCCACACCGGGGCUUCCUCCCUGGGCGGGGACGAGGAUCGGGUUAUUCCUCGUUCUCGUCCUUUUGGUUCUUCCCCCGAUGCGAGCCUCGUCUUCUCGGCAACGCUGUAGAGUGGCGGUGCCCGUUCCUCGCGCCAGGGACGCACACGCUUCGGGUUGUCGCAAUCGCUACCGUCUCUGGCUUCUUCGCAGUGCCUAUGGCCACAGUAGAGGUGGGAGUUGACUUGGGAACAGACAUGCUGUCGAGGCGGCAACCAGGAGGCAAGGUCACAUUGCUCGGCGCGAGCGGGGCGGCGAAGAGGGCAUUUGUAGUCCUCGAAGAAGACGAGCGACAACUGGCGACAAACGAGGCAGCCCUCUUCAAGGAGGCGGGGUUCGCACCGCCUCCGGCUUGGCUGCUGGGGAGCGCCCCCAAAGGCUGCGGUGUCUGUCCAGCGGGCACCGUCUGCUCCCCUGCUCUGGGAAAGUGCGUUUCGUAA